AUGGCUUUCCCUCUCCAGGACAAGUGUAGUUAUAUAUUCACUCUCUUUGAAAUGACUGAAGCAGUAGCCAAGACUGUUGUUCCUGAGUCAGUGUUGAAGAAGAGAAAGAGGGAGGAAGAAUGGGCACUUGCCAAGAAACAGGAGCUUGAGUCCGCCAAAAAGCAGAAUGCUGAGAAGAGGAAGCUCAUAUUUAACAGGGCUAAGCAGUACUCCAAGGAGUACGAAGAGAAGGAAAAGGAAUUAAUCCAGCUGAAGCGUGAGGCGAAACUGAAAGGAGGAUUUUAUGUCGACCCGGAAGCAAAACUGCUUUUCAUUAUCCGUAUCCGAGGUAUCAAUGCCAUUGACCCAAAGACAAAGAAGAUUCUGCAGCUUUUACGUCUGAGACAGGUCAACAAGGCAACCAUUAACAUGCUUCGCCGUGUUGAACCCUAUGUGACCUACGGAUACCCAAACCUAAAAAGUGUGAAGGAAUUGGUCUACAAACGUGGUUUCGGAAAGCUCAACCACCAGAGGAUUGCCUUGACAGACAACUCCAUCGUCGACCAGGGGCUAGGGAAGCAUGGCAUAAUCUGCGUGGAGGAUCUAAUCCACGAGAUCUUGACGGUUGGACCACAUUUCAAGGAAGCCAACAACUUUUUGUGGCCCUUCCAGCUGAAGGCGCCAUUGGGAGGGAUGAAGAAGAAGAGGAACCAUUACGUGGAAGGUGGAGACGCCGGAAACCGCGAGAACUUCAUCAACGAGCUCAUUAGGAGAAUGAACUGAAAUGUAAAGCGUGUUUUCGCUCUGAGCCUCCCUGUGAAACGUUUUGUUAUCAGGCAUUGUUCGCUUGUCGACGACUUGAAACUUCAUUUUCCAAGAUUUCAGGACCCUCGGUCGUUAAUUUUGGUUUGAUAUACACGUAGUAUGUUUUCGAAAUUUAAUAUAUAAUCUUAUUAUAUAAACCUAAACUUACAAUCUGAUUUCUUAAGCGAUUCGUUUAAUACAGUUGAUGGAAC